CUCUCUCUUCCGAAACUCCUAUUUUUCUCUCUCUAGAUGUAUAACUACACCAAUUACCAGACGGUCCAGGCCCCCAUCACACACACACAGCUAAACAUACACACAGUUAGAGAGAGAGAGAGAGAAUAGUGCAGAUUUUGUAGGCCCUUUCUCAUGCUUGUCAUUGGCAUUGAUUCUUCUCUAUACUUGUUACAAUGAAGCAAGGGAAUGAUUUUUCUUCAAGAUAUAUGGCGACUGGUGUGCGCAGCUGGUUUAUGUUUGGGGAGAAAAUGGAGAAUGGUGCUGUUUGAUUGACAAGCUUUAUUCGUUAGAACUCUUUACCAAUGUCUUGAUCUGAAUUAGUUCCUAGGAAGACCUGGAAGGAUAACUUAACUGUACAUACCGUUUUGUAAUUAAAUAUCUUAUUCAGGGUCAAGUAACAUUAUUACUAGAUCUAAAUAGCAUCUUAACUGUUUUUAAUCAUACUUUGUAAUGGAGGAUUUAGUUUCGCCUCCAUGUCAGAAGCAUGCUGUACAAAGUUCUCGUAGAGUUGCACUUCAGAAUAAGGAUCUCUGGUUGGUUGUGCGGGAGGGGUCUGCCUCGGAUGUAGACGUCACUUUGACUUUGCUGAAAAAGAAAGGGGGAAAUAUUAAUGUCAGGAACUCGUUUGGGGUCACACCUCUGCACAUUGCAACUUGGAGGAACCACGUACCUAUUGUUAGAAGGCUUCUUGAAGCUGGUGCAGACCCUAAUGCCAGGGAUGGGGAAUCAGGAUGGAGUAGCCUUCAUAGAGCUCUGCAUUUUGGACACCUGGCAGUUGCUUGUGUCCUUCUCCAGUUCGGUGCCUCCGUAACAUUGGAGGAUUCAAAAUCCCGAACACCUGUUGAUCUCUUGUCUGGGCCGGUGCUGCAGUCUGUUGGCCAGGAAAACAAUUCAAUAGCUACAGAGGUCUUCAGUUGGGGCAGUGGUGUUAAUUAUCAACUUGGAACUGGAAAUGCGCAUAUCCAGAAGUUACCAUGCAAACUUGAUUCACUUCAUGGUUCGUUUAUCAAACUGAUUUCUGCUGCAAAGUUCCACAGUGUAGCUGUUGGUGCACGUGGGGAAGUCUACACUUGGGGAUUCGGAAGAGGGGGCCGUCUUGGGCAUCCUGAGUUCGAUAUACACAGUGGUCAAGCAGCAGUCAUCACUCCUCGUCAAAUUACUUCUGGUUUAGGUGCGCGUCGGGUUAAGGCUAUUGCUGCAGCGAAGCAUCACACUGUUGUUGCUACAGAAGGUGGAGAAGUAUUUACUUGGGGCUCUAAUAGAGAGGGGCAACUUGGCUAUACUUCUGUUGAUACUCAACCAAUCCCUCGUAGAGUUAGUUCCUUGAAAGCAAGAAUAGUAGCUGUUGCUGCUGCGAAUAAACACUCUGCAGUAGUUUCAGCGGCCGGUGAAAUAUAUACAUGGGGUUGUAAUAAAGAGGGACAGCUUGGCUACGGCACCUCUAACUCAGCUUCAAAUUACACUCCAAGGGUAGUGGAAUACUUGAAGGGAAAAUCCUUAAUCGGAGUUUCUGCAGCAAAAUAUCACACUGUUGUUUUAGGAUCUGAUGGAGAGGUAUUCACUUGGGGUCAUCGGCUAGUUACUCCUAAACGAGUUGUCAUUGCUAGAAAUAUUAAAAAAAUCGGAAACAGUACGCUGAAAUUCCAUCGCAAAGAACGCCUUAACGUGGUUGCUAUAGCUGCUGGGACGACACACAGCAUAGCUCUUACAGAUGACGGUGCGUUGUUUUACUGGGCCUCCUCUGAUCCCGAUCUUAAAUGUCGUCAGUUAUAUACGCUAUGUGGGAGAGGUAUAGUCAGCAUUUCUGCCGGGAAGUACUGGUCUGCUGCAGUUACUGUGAACGGUGAUAUUUAUAUGUGGGAUAGUAAGAAGGUGAAAAACGAUCCACCUACCCCGACUAGGUUGGAUGGAGUGAAGAAGGCAACUGCUGUAUCAGUUGGAGAAACACAUCUACUUAGUGUCAGUACACUCUAUCAUCCAGCCUAUCUUCCUAGUAUUGCUGACAGUGGUCGGAAGAUUAAGGCCCGAGAUGAAUUGGAUGAAUUGUGUGAAGGUUUCAUGUUUGAUGAUGUGGAGCCUGAGGAUGUCUUAUCUAAUAUGGAGAACGAGGGCAUUGUAAACCCGGCACUGCCAGGUUUUAGAAACUCCUCUGAGAAAAGAAGUGCACCGAGUUUGAAAAGUCUUUGUGAGAAAAUGGCUGCGGAGUAUUUGGUUGAGCCACGAAAUGUUAUACAACUGCUGGAAAUUGCGGAUUCGCUGGGUGCAGAUGAUCUCAAGAGACACUGCGAGGAGAUGGCAAUCCGUAACCUUGACUAUAUACUUACCGUUUCAGCACAUGCCUUUGUUAGCACUUCAUUGGAUGUUUUGGUACAUCUCGAGAAAAUUUUAGACUUAAAGUCAUCAGAGCCGUGGAGUUGCCGUCGGCUCCCCACACCCACCGCUACUUUUCCAGCGAUUAUUAACAGUGAAGAAGACGACGAAAGUGAGAGUGAAUUACUCAGGACUCGUGAUAACGGUAAAAAGAGGCAAAUUUUCAAAAAAGAGGGAGCACAGAGGUUAGAUGGCUUUUUACAAUCCAACGAUACUGCAAUGGAAGGUGUCAACAAACAAAUAAGGACUUUGAGGAAAAAGUUGCAGCAGAUUGAACUGCUCGAGGAAAAACAAUCCAAGGGUCAACUUCUCGAUGACCAGCAGAUUGCGAAACUUCGGAUGAGGGCGGAAUUAGAAAGCUCUCUUGCUGAGCUCGGUGCACCGGUCGAAACUGUUCAGGUAAUGGAAUUAGGAAGUAAAACAUCGGCUUCUAAAAAGCAACGAAGAAAGAACAAACAGAAGGCAGGUCAAAAGGGAGAAGAGGAGCCUAGUGAUAUUGCAGUUGAUGCCGAAACAAGCACUAUGAAAGGUUUCCUGGAUGCUGAAGCUGAAGUUCCAGAAGACACAAUUAAGGAGAAAGAUUCCGUAAGUGUAACGGAGAUUCAAGAAUCAAGGGUUUCUCCAUUUUAUAGUAAUAACAAGGCAUUUGGUGACGCCCCCCAUAGUAAAACUGCUUCGCCCACAACAUCCAAGAAAAAGAACAGAAAAGGCGGGCUUUCGAUGUUUCUAAGUGGGGCCCUCGAUGACAUCCCAAAAAGUGUGACCCCACCACCUGUGGUGGUACCCAAAAGUGAGAGCCCCGCUUGGGGUGGUGCUAAAGUUUCACAAGGAUUGAGCUCCCUUCGUCAUAUACAGGAUGAGCAGAGCAAAACCGAGACUAAGCCUACCAGAAAAAAAGAAGUCGAAGACUUGUUUGAAGGGAAUAAUAAUAUUGGCGGGAAAAUCCCAUUGAGUUCGUUUUUGCAUUCUCCUCCAGUAGGUGUGGUCCCCACUCGGAAGGGACAGGUGUCGGACGGUGAUAAGAACACGCCUCCAUGGACUGCCUCCGUCACUCCACCUUCCCUUUCUCGUCCAUCUCUCAAGGACAUCCAAUUGCAACAGGGAAAGCAACACCAGAGUAUAUCACAUAGCCCAAAAACGAGAACCACUGGAUUCUCUGUAAUGACUGGUCAGGGAUCACCAUCUGAAUCCAGUGGGAUGAACCGAUGGUUCAAGCCGGAGAUCGAUGCUCCCUCAUCAAUCCGUUCGAUUCAGAUUGAGGAGAAGGCUAUCAAGGACCUCAAGCGCUUCUACAGCAAUGUCAGAAUUGUAAAGAACCAAUCGUAGUAAGAGGGCAAGCGGCGGCGGUAACAUGGUAACAUUUGGAGUUGUUUCUUACAACUUUUUUAGUUAGCAUUUCGUUGUAAAUUGGCAUUUGUACAGUUGAUCAAUGUUUAUUUGAAAUGAUCUUGUGUAUGAUAGGCCUUAAUAACGGGGGCAUCUCCCCGCGAUUCCUUCAAAAAAUCUUGACGAAUACAAUAAAACAUUUUCUUUUUUUCGUUUGUUUAUAGAUUGUGACUAACUGAUUUACGACGAAAUCUGUAGUACUGGGGAAGGCUUGA